AUGGGACUGCUACCCCCUCCAGCGUUUAUGUGCACACCUUCGUCGCUCGCAUAUCUCACCGACAUGGUCAUCAAGAGUCUCAAAGGCAAGUCAAACGCUAGUGCGCGUUGGGUGCGUCGACAAUGGAGCGACCCCGUGGUAAAACAGGCCCACCGCGAAGGUCUGCGCUCUCGUGCAGCCAUGAAACUGCGUCAACUGAACGAUCGAUGCCAGCUACUGAAACGAGGCGACGUCGUAGUGGACUUGGGGGCAGCACCUGGCGGAUGGAGUCAAGUGGCAGUAGCAGCUACGACACCACGCAAGAGCCAGAAACAGUCGCAAGGGACUCGGGAGUUGCUACCGACCGUUGUGGCGGUGGAUCUCAAACCGUUUGACCCCGUGGAAGGCACGGCCAUUGUCGUGGGUGAUUUCCGCCAGGCUACCGUGAGGAAGCAGCUGACCGACGCACUGAGAGGACGCAAGGCGGACGUGGUGCUCAGUGACAUGGCGCCGUCGUUUUCAGGCAACUUUCUCACGGACAGCCAAGCGCAGUUGCGGCUGUGCCACAAUGCGCUCAAGAUGGCCGAGCUCUACUUGCGUCCAGGAGGGAACUUUGUGGCCAAGAUUCUGCGCUGUGAAGGAUCCGAAGACUUUCGCGCAGAGCUCAAGACGGCGUUUGACGUUGUAAAAGCCGUGAAGCCAUCGUCGUCGCGACCAGAGUCCACGGAGAUGUUCAUGGUGGCCAAGGGCUUGAAGAAGAAGAGCGCUGAUAGUGAGCUGCCACCGAAGGGAGAGAGUGAGAGGUAG